AUGAGCUCGGCCGAUUUCAGGUCGCUCUCGCAGUACAAUGAGCCUCUGAUCCGAUCGCCAUCGAUCUAUUCGUCGAUCGGCUCUGGCAUCUACCUCCCUCAGGGCACGCCCUUGCACGGCGGCGUCUUCGUUCUUGCAAACACCAUCCUUGGCGCGGGAAUGCUUGGGCUGCCUUUCGCGUUUGCUGCGUGUGGCUACCUCAUGGGCACGCUCAUGCUCACCGGCUUCGGAGCGUGUGCGACCGGGGCACUCGUGAUGCUGUCCGAGGCGGCCGACCACGUCGGUCGGCCAGCCUCGUUCAACUCGGUCGCAGAGCUUGCCAUCCCUGGCGCUGGCAUCGCGUUUGAUGCUGCAAUCGCAAUCAAAUGCUUCGGCGUCGCCACGUCGUACCUCAUUGUAGUGGGCGACUCGAUACCAAAAGCCGCCGUUCAUCUUGGUGCGAGCGGCAUCCUCCUGGAGCGCCGUUUCUGGACGUUGGCCGCCCUGGCGGUCGCCGCGCCACUAGCCUACAUGCCUAGGAUCACGGCGCUACGUCACGUGUCGGCGGUGGCGCUGGCCUGCGUGGGUCUGAUCACCGUGAUGAUCGUCUGCGAGAGCAUCGAGCAGUGCAAGGGGCCAACGGCACUGGUCACGAACCCGAGCCAGACCCUGCAUGCGCUGCCACUGUUUGUUUUCUCGUACACGUGCCACCAGAACAUCUUCUCCAUCACGAACGAGCUGAGCGAUCCAACCCCGCAGCGCAACAUCAAGGUCUGCGUCCUGGCGGUUGGCGCAGCGUUGGCGGUCUACAUCAUCCUUGGCGCGUCGGGCUACUCGACCUUUGGCGGCCUCGUGGACCACGACAUCCUCGCAUCGUACCCUUCGGACAACGGCAUUGUUGCCGUCGCCCGUCUAGCGAUCUCGCUCGUGGUGUCGUGCUGCUACCCCCUGCAAGCCCACCCGUCGAGGGCGUGCACCACGUCGAUCGUCAGGGCGUGCGGCGGCGAGGACAUCGACGACUUCGUCCUGCACAUGGCAAUCACAACGGUGUUUGUGCUCGCCUCGGGCUCAAUCGCCCUCGUCGUGACGGACCUCGGGCUCAUCCUCUCAGUGGUGGGUGCCACCGGGUCCACCACCGUCUCCUACAUCCUUCCCGGAGCGUGCUACUUCAUCCUCUUCCCCGAGCGACCAUCGCGCUGGCUCGGCUUUCUCCUUGCGUGCACUGGGCUAAUCAUCAUGCCCCUUUCCCUGUGUCUCAUCUUCUGGAAGUAA